AUGAAGACAGGCAUCAUUUCAGUUCUGGCAGUUUUCAUCAUGCUGGGGAUUCAGAUGUCCUGUGCUGAGAAACUGCCUUCCAGAGAGCUACAAAGACCUGGAAGACCUGGAGUUUGUCCAGAGGUGCCGAAAGGCAUCUUUGGCACUUGCGUUGAAGAGUGCUCAGGAGAUGAAAUGUGUCCCACUGGAAUGAAAUGCUGCAGUAACGGGUGUGGUCAUGUCUGUAAAACUCCUCUUCCUCAGAAUGUUAAAACGGGAGUGGACGAGUGUCCAGGGGACUUGUUCCAAAAGAAAAGGAGUGGAAGCAAAUGA